CGAGGUGGAUAUGCUUCUUCUAGUAUCAGCACUCAUCCUGUACUAGCAACAAGUACAAGUCCCGUGGCAUAUAAUCAACCUGCACUCCUCGCACGACCCGUAGUUGCACCAGUACAACCGGGGAUUGAUCAUGUGCAUCCUUCCCAUUUUUCUUCUUUUUCGCGCUUUUCAAGUGGACCUGCGAAAAAAGUGCGGUAUGCGCAUCAGCGGAUCCCUCGUAUGACAGCAACGGACGACCCCAGUUCCAGUGCGACAUCUACUCUUAUUCAAACUUCCGGAAAUCUCCCAUUUUGAGAAGCAUCUUGGACCUCCCGUGUAAUGUGGAAACGGGUCCAAGAUUUGACUUUUAAAGUGGGAGAUUCCCGAAAGGUCUAAUGAUACUCACAAGCUUUUGCUUUACCCGAAUCUCUUGAAUCAAAUAAAACAAAACGGUGGGAGGAAGAAGACCGUAGCUUAAGGGUCGUUUCCGAAUUACAUCCUGCACUGCCAUCCCAAGGUCUUUUCCUAGUGGAAAGGAGGCCGGGGAUGUUCUGAGGAAUGUAAUUACGUAUAAGAACCUCUAAAAAGCGAUGGCUUCAAGGCUCAGAAUGUUUGCUCACUGGAACAGUGAUGUAGAAAGGCGACGCGUGAAGGAGAACCUUCCAGCACAACAAGAUGAAGAACUUUUCAGUAGUGUCGAAGUAUUGGAAAUUGCAAGAUUGCAAAACUUGAGGGAAGUAGAACUCGCGACACGAUUUUUACCUUCUCAACAUGAUAGAAGAAAUAAACCUUCCGAACAAACGCAAGAGGAGCUGAUGGGGCAGGAGCAGAGAAAAUUGCAAGUUCUAAAAAAACAAAACCAAAAAAAAAGCUCCAAGAAUUUGAACGGUGUUGAUCAUGAAGGAGAAGCUAGUAUUAAGAAUGCAAGUAUUUUUGAAACAAGAGCAGCUGCAGCAUGUUGUAGCCCUGUUUCAGGAGGCACAAGAGGAGGAAAGAAGAAAAAAAAGGAGAUCAGGGAGAUAAGUAGGUCUAAGAAUAAGGGAGAAAGGCGAGUAGAAGCGAAGAGAGCUUAUCAUUAAGGCUUCCUUGAUACAAAUCCUCAUCAUCACCAUCAUUUUCAUUUCCCUGUGAGAAAAUGAACCUAAGUCUGGUUAUAUUUUUCGUAUUUUCCUUCUUGAACAAACUUCUGAGAAAAUGAACUGUGGCGACCAGACAUAUCAUAGUCGAUCGCAAUGACGACCAUAGCACAACACACACAGAGCAAAAAGAAAUCCGGCGGGAUCGUACGCGUCGCCCGGAGCCCAUCAAAACAAACAAACAAACUUAUACAUGUAAGAAAUACUUAGACAUAUUUUUGCGCUCUAAUAUCAAGCAGAGCAGGAAGAGCUACGAUAUUGGAGCAAACUACAGAGGAAAUUGCUCGUGGGCAUCAACGAUGAAAAUGAAGAGAAUAAUGACAAUAGCACAACGAGGGGGAGAGUGGGCGAGCAGAAUGGGAAUGCUGAUAGUAUUACGGACUCCAGAGGGCAAGAAGAUGGCUCUGCGCGAGCGCUGGAAGAUGUCGCUUCUCGGGGCCUAUUAAAAACGGUUCACAUACAACUCAUAAAUGGGAAUGCCGACAGUAUUACGGACUCCAGAGAGCAAGAAGAUGGCGACAACGAGGGUCGGGAAAUGCCAUGAAAUGCUCAGUGAAGAACAGAAUUUUUGAAAAUGUACGCUACGAAAUUCAUUGUCAGGCAAGAAUCGAAUGUGUAUAGAAGAGGUCUUCACUGUCAACAUCGUGAAUGUUAAUCAUCAAGAACUCUGACUUUCUCUUUCUUGUAGAACAAACUCUCAUCUUGUAGUUGCUUUUUCCAAUACUGAAGCCUAACUUAGAUCGUUUUUAUCAGUCUCUUCUUUUUACAUCGCCUUUUAUUUAGUGUGUUUCUUCCUAGUAGAAGCACACGACAAUAUUGACGCUUUCAGUCACUGGCACCAUUGUGAAUGUUUAUGUUACACUUUUUUGUACAUGUACCCCAUGGAUGAUGAAUGUUAGAACUUUUCUUGAUGUGAAUGGUUUUAGAAGAAUCGUUUCUAAGGCGUACGAGCAGAUCAUUGUAAAUGUUAAUCUACCCCUGUUCUUCCAAGGCUAAAUGUUAAUCUAUCUAACCAAUUCUAAGACUUACGCGAAUGUUAAUCUCCCUCUUGAAUCAUGGGUACACUGCUUGUAGGAAGAUUCUUCCUUUUUUCCAUAGUGGCCCACAUGAUGAUAUAUUUUCGAUCGAGCGACCCAGUUUAUGUCAGUUCACUCACUUUGUACACUUUCGAACCUCUAUCCAUGAACACAAUAUGAGGAGCUCCCUUAAAACAAGACAUACUACAGACUUUUUGAAAUGAACAACAUGCAGGCAACAUGAGACCACUGAUCUCGAGCUG